CUGCUAUCCAAGUCAGUAUGUUCUGAAGACGAAGGGAAGAUGAUGAUGAAUCUGGAACAGUUCAGAUUGCAGCGGCAAUCCAUCAGAGAAAGGCAUGCAAAAGUGUUGAACACGAUUCAAAAGGAGAAAGUCAAAGAAGCACCAUUACAAUCCAUUCGACAGCACCCAAGAUGGAAGGAGUUGAUGGAAAAGAAGAAAGGUACCAAUAACACAUCUCAAAACGAAGUGAUCAAUAGCGAAAUGGGCGAGAAAGACCAUAUAUUUGGGCCUGCAUUUAUUCCAUCUGAAUCAACGAUCAGGAAUGACUACUCGCAAAGGUUUAUCGAUACAAAAGCAAGCGAAUUGCCGGGGAAUGCGGUCAAAAAUCCGCUAAAGUCAUCUAGAUUUGAAGAAUAUCCAAAGCUACGAAAUCUAAUUGAUGCAAAAGCGAAAUUACUGGAUGAGAUUUCCAUACCUCCAACAUAUCUACAGGCAGAUCUGUUGCAAUCUAUCAAGCCUUACGCUCACACGACGAACGAUCCCUCAGAGCAACCAGGGGCUCAAUUCCAUUUAUCAAGCUUGUUGCCUAUCAAAUACGAUGUUGUAAUCAUCGAUCCUCCUCUGGAAGCGUAUGAAUGGGAAAGCGUACCAACAAAUGGAGAAAGAUCAAAACAAGUUUGGAGUUGGGAACAGAUUGCUGCUUUACCAAUUCCACAAAUUAUGGCAAAAGAGAGUUUUGUAUUCUUUUGGGUUGGCAGCGGUGGAAGUGAUGGUUUGGAACGUGGAAGAGAAGUAUUGAACAAAUGGGGCUUCAGAAGAUGUGAGGAUAUCGUUUGGAUUCGAACAAAUGCAAACGGCGGCGAAAAUUCAGAAACAAUCUUACAAGAACCUAGCUCUUCUGCAUUUCAUAGAACGGCAGAACAUUGUUUGAUGGGCAUUCGUGGUACGGUUAGAAGAAGUACGGAUACACGAUUUGUACACUGUAAUAUCGAUACAGAUGUGAUUUUGUGGCCAGGAGAAGCUGCAGAUGACAAAAGCGGGCCUGGUGCUCAAACUGUCAUCGAUAUGCGAAGCAAGCCGCCAGAGAUGAUGGAUUUGAUUGAAAAUUUCUGUCUGGGUACAAGAAGAUUAGAGCUGUUUGGUAGGAAUCGCAAUUUGAGAAGAGGAUGGUUGACAGUUGGACUGGAAGUUGGACCGGACAAGCCUGGAUGGGAGAGAGCAGUGCAGGGCACGAAUGCAUGUGCUGCCUCGCCAAUUGAUGGUCACUCCAGCAACAACGUCUCGCGACAAGUUCCUGUUCCUUAUCACAAGGACCAGUAUGAUUCUGCAUUUUACGUCGACAGGGCUGGCUGUACGUUGGCAGAACGUGCAAAUCUGGUACCGUAUGACGAAAAGAUUGACGAUCUGCGACCAAAGAGUCCUAAACCCAGUUCGAAUCAAAGAAGAGAACGCACGAACACUCGACAGGAUUCACCCUACCAAGUCAAUUCUCCAAUGGGCGGCGCAUACAUCUCACCGAGCAAUGUACAACACAUGGCAAGUACCAUGGCUUCUACCUCAGGUGAAAUUCAAACAGGCAAUCCUUAUCAAGAAAGUAUGGCAGGUUUUCUUCCACAACCUCAAACUUCCGCAACAUUUCAGCCUGGUGGUGCAGGCUUGAGCGGAUUAGGAGCAGGUGGACGAUCAGUCGUGAGCGUUCCGAGUGGAAGUGAAUUGUUGAGCGGGGCACAAGCAAGUGUGAUGCUUGGACAAGGGCAAAGACCGACAAACGCAUCUGCUGGAGGAGGACCGAGUGGAUUAAGUCGUAGGACGAGAAGAGGUGCAUGAUUGUGAAUAGAGCGUAUCAGCCUUCAUAGCUGAUGUUGUGACUGUAUAAUAUAUGUUGUAAAAAAUGGUGUAUAUUGUUCCUAUUGUACAGAUAAAUUUAUCCC